CAGCUGUGGUGUCUGGGGCUCACGCGGGGGCCAUUUUGCCCAAGGCUGCCUCCCGGUGUCGGAGGCGGCCUGGCAGCUGGUGAAAACUGUUCCUUCUCAUUUUCUGCAGCCCAGGCCUUGAAGAACUGGAAGGCUGGGCUCCCUCGAGCCCCGCGGAGACGGCAAUGGUUCCCACCCGCCAAAGCCACCUGACGACCCUCCAUGGCGACUGCGCCGUCGUCGCUGCUCUUGCUGCCGCCCCUUUCAGCCCCGUGUGUCUGUCGCCUCCAGGGCCGCAGUCGUCCUUCCACCUCAGAGACUGAUGAAAGUCGAAUAGGGGGCGCCAUGAGAGGAGAGAAAAACUAUUACUGCCGUGGAGCUGCCGGGGACCACGGUUCCUGCCCUCCUACACCAUUGCCUCUGGCCUCGACCCUCUUGAUGCCCUCCGAGGCGGUCUCCAGUAGCUGGUCCGGAUCCGGAGGGGCUUUGUCAGCGGGAGAUGAAGAGGAGAAUCGGCUCCUUCAACUCUUGCGCACCGCACCGGAGCCUUCCGAGGCCUUGCAAGCUCUGCAGGCUGCUUUGCCGCGGCGGGGCGGCCGGCUUGGCUUCCCCAGGCGUAAGGAGGCAUUGUACAGGGCCCUGGGCCGGGUGCUGGUGGAAGGGGGAAGUGAGGAGAAGCGGCUGUGCUUGCAGCUUCUCUCGGAUGUCCUCCGGGGUCAAGGGGAGGCAGGCCAGCUGGAAGAGUCCUUUAGCUUGGCACUUCUGCCUCAGUUAGUUGUCUCCUUGCGAGAAGAGAAUCCAGCCCUACGGAAAGAUGCGCUGCAGAUCCUGCACAUAUGUCUGAAACGUAGUUCGAGCCAGGUGCUGAGAAUGCUUAUUCAACAAGGGCUGGAAAGUACCGACACUCGUCUGAGAGCUGCCACGGCGCUAUUGCUUCCUAUAUUGCUGACCCCUGAGGAUUUAUUGCUUGGCCUGGAUCUCACCGAGGUAAUCAUAGCUCUGGCCCGAAAGCUUGGCGAUCAGGAGAUAGAAGAAGAAUCGGAAACAGCUUUCUCUGCACUUCAACAAAUUGGGGAGCGACUCGGCCAGGAGAGGUUUCAGUCCUAUAUCUCUCGCCUGCCGUCUGCCCUUCGGAGACACUACAAUCGCCGCCAGGAGACCCAGCUUGGAAGUCAGGUCCCUUAUUAUUUGGAGCUUGAAGCAUCUGGGUUUCCUGAAGAUCCCCUUCCCAGUGCGGCGACUGUUUCCAACAGCAAUCUUAAAUUUGGGAUUAUUCCUCAGGAGCUACAUUCAAGAUUAUUGGAUCAGGAAAACUAUAAGAACCGGACUCAGGCUGUAGAAGAAUUAAAGCAAGUGCUGGGAAAAUUUAACCCUAGUUGUACCCCUCAUUCUAAUCUCGUUAGUUUCAUUAGCUUGCUGUAUAACUUGUUAGACGAUUCUAACUUCAAAGUGGUCCAUGGUACCCUUCAGGUCCUACAUUUACUAGUCGUUCGCCUUGGAGAGCAGGUACAGCAGUUUCUGGGACCAGUGAUCGCAGCUUCUGUCAAAGUGCUGGCGGACAAUAAGUUGGUGAUCAAGCAAGAAUACAUGAAAAUCUUCCUCAAACUAAUGAAAGAAGUAGGUCCUCAACAGGUGCUUUGUUUACUCUUGGAACAUCUUAAACAUAAGCACUCUAGAGUAAGAGAGGAAGUGGUGAACAUUUGCAUCUGUUCGCUCCUGACUUACCCCAGUGAAGAUUUUGACCUACCCAAACUGUCUUUUGAUCUAGCUCCAGCGCUUGUAGACAGCAAGCGCAGGGUGCGCCAGGCAGCUCUGGAAGCUUUUGCUGUGCUGGCCUCCGCCAUGGGCUCAGGUAAAACCAGCAUCCUUUUUAAAGCCGUGGACACUGUUGAGUUGCAAGAUAUUGGAGAUGGAGUCAUGAAUGCUGUGCAGGCCAGAUUGGCUAGGAAAACCCUUCCCAGGCUCACAGAGCAGGGAUUUGUGGAAUAUGCAAUACUCAUGCCAUCUUCUGCCCAGGGAAGAUCAAACCAUUUGUCACAUGGAGCAGACACAGACUGGCUUUUGGCUGGUAACAGAACUCAGAGUGCACACUGCCACUGUGGUGACAACACGAGGGACAGCAUGCAAACGUAUGGAUCUUACAGUCCCACUAUCUGCACCCGGAGGGUUUUAAGUGCAGGAAAAGGGAAAAAUAAAUUACCAUGGGAAAAUGAGCAGCCUGCAGAGAUGGGAGAAAACCCAACCUCCACUUCUAAGGAUGUAGAACAGUUUUCAACAUGUGAUUUCAUCCCAUCUCCAAAAUUAAAGCCUUCUCAAGGAAUGCCAGUCAAUGAUGAUUUAUGUUUUAGCAAAAAAAGAGUGUCGAGAAACCUAUUUCAGAAUAGUCGGGAUUUUAAUCCAGAUUCUCUUCCAAGUUGUGCUGCUGGUAAUAGUGGGACUCAUCAGCCACAUUUUUCUGGGAAGUGUGGACAACUUGGAUUUUCACAAAUGUGCAGUAAAACUGGCAGUGUGGAUUCUGACUUACAGUCCCUGGGGACAACUAAUAGUCAUCAAGAUAAAGUGUAUACUAGCCUAAAUUUUGGCAGUAAAACACAGCAAACAUUUGGUAGUCAACCAGAGCGUUCUUCCUCAUAUUCUGGUUCAAGUCCAAGCCCAGGAACUCUCAUCCUUCCAUCCUACCCUCUCUCAUCACCUCGAACCAGUCCAAAACAUACAUCUCCUCUUACUGUGUCCCCAAAGAAGUCUCAAGAUAAUUCCAUUAAUUUCUCAAAUUCUUGGCCUCUUAAAAGCUUUCAAGGACUAGCAAAGCCAAGUCCACAGAAAAAACCUAGCCAAAAGCCAUCUGAACCUACAGCAGGAGAAAAUUCUCAAGAAAAACCUCCAGUUCAACUUACACCUGCCUUGGUGAGAUCACCGUCUUCCCGACGAGGCCUAAAUGGGACGAAGCCUGUUCCUCCCAUACCGAGGGGAAUAAGCCUUUUGCCUGACAAAGCGGAUUUAAACACAGUGGGACACAAAAAGAAAGAAUCUGAUGAUAUUUGGAAGAAUGAAAAAGAUAAUCUAACCAUUGAUCUUUCAGAAUUAAAUCUCAGGGACAAAGACUUGGAUCAGGAAGAGAUGCAAAGCUCUCUUCGGUCCCUUCGUAACAGUGCAGCUAAGAAGAGGGCUAAGCUGAGUGGCAGCACGUCUGAUCUGGAAAGCCCUGACUCUGCAGUGAAGCUGGACUUGACUCUGGACUCCCCGUCUCGAUCUUCUUCUCCUAAUGUCAGCUCUUACAGUGAAAGUGGAGUUUACAGUCAAGAAUCGUUGACUUCUUCUCUGUCUACAACUCCCCAGGGGAAAAGAAUAAUGGCAGAUAUAUUUCCAACAUUAGCAUCAAAACCUUGUCCAGCAAGACUUUCUUCAGCAAAAAAGAAAAACACUCAUAUUUCUGAGCAAAGCCCCAGUACAGGGCCUUCAAAUUUGCAGCAGAUUUCUAAUUUUGAUUUCACAUCCAUAAAUACCUUGUCGGAAGACUCAGUAGUCAUUGUUGGAAAAGGUGUAUUUGGAAGUCCAAAUUCAGUACCAGCUACCUGCAGCCAGUCAGUGAUAUCUUCUGUGGAAAAUGGAGAUGCGUUUUCAGUUAAGCAGAGUAUUGACCCACCAUCAGGAGUUUAUGGAAAAGCAGUGCAGCAGAGUGUUCCAUCGUAUCUUGAUGUUGAAAAUGAAAAGGAUACUAAAGUAUCUAUUUCAAAAUCUACUUAUGAUAAGAUGAGACAAAAGAGAAAAGAAGAAAAAGAACUUUUCAGCAUUAAAGAUUGUGAAAAGAAGGAGCAGAAUUCCUGGGAGCGAAUAAAACAUACAGGAACAGAGAAAAUACCAUGUGAAAGCGACGCCACUCCUGGAGCCAUGCCACAGUAUAAAGAACGGAUACCUUCUGUCACUCACAGUCCAGAAAUAGUGGACUCAUCAGAACUACGGCCAUUUUCCAAACCUGAAAUAGCAUUGACAGAAGCCCUGAGGCUUUUAGCUGAUGACGAUUGGGAGAAGAAAAUUGAGGGACUGAAUUCUGUUAGAUGCUUAGCGGCUUUUCAUUCCGAAAUAUUGAGCACAAAGUUGCAUGAAACAAAUUUUGCAGUUGUUCAGGAGGUCAAAAACUUACGCUCUGGAGUUUCUCGUGCUGCUGUAGUCUGUUUAAGUGAUCUUUUCACUUACCUCAAAAAGAGCAUGGAUCAAGAACUGGAUACUACAGUAAAAGUGUUGUUGCAUAAGGCUGGAGAAUCAAACACAUUUAUAAGAGAGGAUGUUGAUAAAGCUUUGAGAGCUAUGGUUAAUAAUGUAACUCCUGCACGUGCAGUCAUUUCUCUUAUCAAUGGAGGACAGAGUCACUUACACAUUGCAGUAAGAAGAUGUACAGCCCAGCACUUAUCAGAUGUAGUAGAAAUUAUGGAACCAGAACGAAUUUUAUCUGGAACAAAAGAUAUGGCUGACCGUAUAUUACCAGCUGCUGCUAAGUUUGCUCAAGACAGCUCCCAAGAAACCAGGUAUUAUGGUCGAAAGAUGCUUUUCCUCAUGAUGUAUCAUCCUAACUUUGAAAAAAUGCUUGAAAAGUAUGUUCCAUCUAAAGAUUUGCCAUACAUUAAGGAAUCUGUUAAAAACUUACGGCAAAAGGGUUUAGGAGAAAUACCACUGGAUACUCCCUCAGCAAAAGGAAGACGAUCUCACACAGGCAGUGUUGGAAAUGCAAGGUCGUCAUCUGUCUCUCGAGAUGCUUUGAAUUCCUCUGACAGAGAGGUAACUGAAGUUCGUGAAGUCACCCGAAAAUCUGUUUGUCGUAAUUCCUUAGAAAGCGCUGAGUAUAUUAAAGUCAUAACGGGUUUAUUAAAUGCAAAAGAUUUUCGUGAUCGUAUUAAUGGGAUUAAGCAGCUUUUAUCAGAUACUGAAAAUAAUCAAGAGCUUGUUGUUGGGAACAUUGUGAAGAUAUUUGAUGCUUUUAAAUCUCGACUUCAUGAUUCCAAUAGUAAAGUAAAUCUGGUGGCUCUGGAAACAAUGCAUAAGAUGAUUCCUUUACUUAGAGACCACUUAUCUCCUGUAAUCAACAUGCUAAUUCCAGCAAUAGUUGAUAACAAUCUGAAUUCCAAGAAUCCAGGCAUCUACGCUGCUGCUACAAAUGUUAUUCAGGCUUUGAGUCAACAUAUAGAUAAUUACUUACUUCUACAGCCAUUUUGCACAAAAGCUCAGUUUUUAAAUGGAAAAGCAAAACAGGAUAUGACGGAAAAAGUUGCUGAUAUUGUUAUGGAACUUUAUCAAAGGAAGCCCCAUGCCACGGAACAGAAAGUGUUGGUGGUUCUGUGGCACCUCCUAGGGAACAUGACAAAUAGUGGUUCACUCCCUGGGGCUGGAGGAAACAUACGGACAGCCACAGCCAAAUUGUCUAAGGCACUUUUUGCACAGAUGGGUCAGAAUCUGUUAAAUCAGGCUGCAUCCCAACCACCACACAUCAGAAAGAAUUUAGAGGAUUUGCUCGAUACGACUAUUUUAAAUGAAUUAUGAAUCUUUGAUGAAAUAUGGUAUGAUGAACAAAACUGUUUACAUGACAAAUGGAACUUUUUGAAAGUUACAUUUUCAGUGCCUGCACUUCACUUGUAGUAAAUUAAGUCAUUAACUAGUUUUUAUUUGCAGUCUAUGAGUACAUUAUCUGUUCUGUAUCAACACUACCACUUCUACCCAUCACACAAAACCCAAAAUAAUAUAACUCAAUAUUCAUGAAAUUCAAGGCACAUGAAAUGAAUCCAAGUUUAAUAUUUUUGAGGAAAGUCCUGCUCAUUUGCACUAUUCUAUAGAAACUGCAAUUUGUUAUCAUAUAUGUACAAUUAGAUUUGUAAUUAAAAAUAUACUUUUUAUUAUGUAAUCAUGUUCUGCUAUGUCUCAUUACUCAGCCUUAUUUUAUGAAGUAUAAGAAAAGUCAUUGAACUAUGUUAUCACCAACAAAACUUUGUGUGCUAUUUGUUAAAAACAUGUAUUUCUUAUCAAUACGCUAAUAGGAUUGUACAGUAUUAGCUUGCCUUUGCUGCUAUGUUUAUGUCAUAUAGUUGCUUAGCUUUUGGGUUUAAUCAUCUACAUAAUUGUGAAACUUAACAAAUUAUAAUAAAGCAUGAUGACCAAAGUUUUAGAGAAAAUUAAACAUUUUAAAUGCACGUUUUAAAAACGUGUGGAAUGUAACCUCCCUAUUUUUGUGUUCAAACACUAAAUUUUAUUUCUAUAUUUUGACAUUUAUAAAGGUAUUAUUUUGCUGCCCAGUUGUGUAAUUCUCAAAAAUAGUGCCAGGUCUUCAACAGCUUCUCUCAGAAUUCAUGGGCUUGUAAGUACUGUAUGCAUCUUUAAAAAAGAAAAGGAAUGUUAUAAAAUAAAUGGAUUUAUUUCUGUA